GUAGGACGUCAAGUAAAGUGCAGCCCCAGAAAGUAAAUAAAUAAUAUACCGAACAGUAUUUCUGCAGCGUGCCUGCUGUAGCCUCGGUAAAGAGGAGUCACAGAAGAAAUUUGGUUGAACAAAAUUGUCACGUUGGGAGAACAAUAGAAACUGUGUAAAUAAUGGCCUCAGAACAACCAGAACUGUUGUUCUUUGAUACAUUUUCUCAUGAAACAUCUGAGGAACUCAAUUUAGACCUGGUCCAGUUUACAAAGACAGUUUGUGUGACGGAAGUGAGAGUCAUCCCUCUCGGAGCGAGGGUUCAGGCAGACUUUCCUGGGGGAGUCAGGCUCGGAGCGACCAACCCGUCACAAUUUAAAAUAGAGUUCUUUGUCAACGAUUUGAGCAAACCGGGAGCGUCAGCGUUUGAGAGCGUCGGUGGAAUGGAGUACAAUCAAAACGGAAACAUACACGUGGAGUGUGAACAGAGAAUACCAACUGAUGGGCUGGUGUUGCGAGGUUGGUACACUACCAUCACCCUGGCUGUGUAUGGAUACCUGACUAAAGCCAUUGUACAUGAGACACCUCCACCAGUUCCCGGAGGUCCUCCGGUAGACACAGGACCCGUCACUCCCUCGGGUUGGCAACCAACUGGACAGGUAGGAGAGCUUCCACAAGAUGGGUACGUAGUAGAACCAUCAAGGGACCCGUACAUGACAGGACCUUACCCGGAGGAGAGUUACCCUCCACCACAUCCGGACUACCCGUCUCACCCGCACCCGCACCCACACCCGUACCAGGAGGAAUGGCCCCAGCCUGCAGAGGGUUACGAGGGGGCGAAGGAGCCGAUGUACGAGGGCGAAUGGGACCAACGGACGCCCGAGGACAAAAGUGGCUGGGAGAGAGACAUGAGGCACCGUGGAGAAAGGGAGUUCCGUGACCACAAUAGCCCAGAGUUUGACCGGGCUAGAGGUCCAAGAGGGGAUUUUCACUACCCCCGUGGUCCCCCGCACCACCGGGGCUGGACUGGCCGGCCCCGCUCCCCUCCUCCUCACAGAGCGGGGGCUAGGACACCUCCCCCGCCACCUACUGCGGAGCCUACCCCUGCCACAUCACCUCAGGAGAAAAGAGCAGAUACAACGUCUCCGCAAGCACCAUUUGACUCGUUGUCACCGGGAGAUGUGGAGUCAAUAUCUGAAGGAGAGAUCCCCGAGGCAGAGGGGGAAGUGGAGGGGGUAGAGGGAGCCGUUGUACGUCAAGCAACACCUUCCACACCCUCCCCACCUCCACCACCGGCACCCGAGGAACCUACAAUGGACGUAGAGCCCUUCGAACCCAUUCUCAGCGACGAGGAGAUGCCUGAUGACACAGAUGCUCAGUUUCAGGACAUGGCUGACUACGACUUCCCAGAUUAUGCUGAAGAUGCCAUGAAGACUUUCAAUCCUUACAAUUUUGAACUGCAGCCUUUUGUGCACCUGAGUGACCCAGCCAAGACUUCAUUGGAGUGGCAGCGCAGUCAUCACCCCUCUCCCCCCUCCGCAGCCAAGGUGGGGGAGUUGCUGGCCAGUGUGGCUAAGGAGCGCUCUACCGCAGCACAGAGAGAAGAGUGGGUGCAUGCUGCAGAACAGCUCAUCACUCUACUGCCCGCAGCGUUGCCUCAUGUUGACAAGUUUGAUGAAGUCAUUGACACUGUAAUAUCCUGGGUGGACAUUGGACUAGACUUUGAGGACGCUCUCAGCCAACCACAGCCUGGCUACAAGCUGCGACACAUCAAAGCUGGCAUCCGAUUGGUCGAAGCACUCUGCCAGUGCGGGGAAGAGGUCACCGAACGACUCAUGGCAAAGGUCAACGUUCACAAAAAACUGAUAGAGCUGUUCCAUCAAGACUACAUGGCACUCUCGAUCAAACUGAUGAUCUUGCGCUCUCUAGAUGCGAGUCUACGCUACAAGAAGGCCGUUGAACACUUUUUGGAAGGGAAAGAUUGGAACGGUUACAAGAAACUCUUGGAGAUGGUACGAGCCAAGCAGCUAGCUCGAGUGCAAUACGCGAUCACUUCCAUCCUGCAAAAGCUGCACUUGUACGAAGCUUUAGACAAGCUCAACAAAUCCGUGGCGGAACUGGUUGUCGAAGAGGGAAAAGAAAACGAGAGUGAAACAGCCGAGUUGGAUCUAGAAAGUAUCGCAAACUCAAUAGAACAGAUAAUUAAUGUUUACAAAAACGCUCCUACAAUGGUUUCGCACCCAAAACGGUUUCUUUCGGUUUCCGCUCAGUUUGAAAUAAACUCUGGGUCAAAUCCAGACCCCUACCCGGCUCUCUUCACUUACUUUCGAACUCACAGACUUUUGGAGUCGUUUUUGAUCUUGUUGACUCAUCCCGGUACAUCUUGCUAUUCCUCAAUUGUGAUUCCUAUCCAGGAAAUGAUCACGAUUCUGCAGGAAUCACAGGAUGGUCUGCGGUUUUUGUAUGCAGUGUCGGAGACCAUUAACCCCCUAAUCAGGGUGUUGCUGGGAGGUCCUUCUUCAGGGGAGGAAAACGAAGACACCCAAGAGAGUAGUUCCUCACAGUUGGGAUUGCAUCUUAUCUACAGGCUUCAGGCAAUGUCCCACAUUGAUCAUCUGAUGGAUCUGUAUGCCAGAGGAAAAACAGACGCAGAGGAUUCUGAAGUUAUUGAGCAUCUUCAAAGCUUGUACUGUCUGACGUUCUCAGCGAUCGGGAAAAUGGCUGUUGUGCACGUGUUGAGUAAAGGAGAUAACGCUGCAGUGCUUCUAAAAUAUUUUAAGGGUAAAACUGUCGAGAAGGAUUCUAAAGUGAAAAAAUUCCCCGGCAAAUCUUACAUCGGAGAUUUAAUCUCCAUGACUAUAAAAUAUUCUGAUUACGUUCCGUUCCUGCAAAAAUACGUAAAAGAGUUAUUGGAUAAAGUGGUGAACGAUUCAUCUCAAGAAUACAAUGAAUUAUCUUCUUGGCUGAAACCGGUUGAAAAUCCCUCCGCUUUCGCCUACGAUGAUAUCUCCGGAUUGGUAGAACUCAUCAAAAAGAACAUCGAACAAGCGACGUCUCUUCCAGGAGAGUUGAUAACGGCUGUGAGGGUUUUGAAGUAUUUGGGAAUUCCACCUAACGAUUCAGAACGCAGCAUUAAUGUACCCGAUUCAUUUGGGUUUUCCGAGCUGAAAUAUAAGUGCGUGAUAAUCCAGCUGUUCUCUCUCGAAGGCAUCAGUCAUUUGUCAGCUGUCAUACAGAAGUUGUGUGAAAACUACGAGCAGCCUGCUCUUCACUCGGCCAAGCUGGUUGGAAGACAGGGUCUUGCUCUUACUUCAUUCCUACACCCGGCUAUGAAACUCAUCCGGAAAGUUCUGACUCACGUCAUCAAGUGUCGCAACACGGAGUUCAAAGAUCUCACCAUGAUUCCUGUUCUUCUUCAGACGUACUCUUUGAUGCAGGCAAUUCCAGUUACUGCACAUGCACAUCUGGAAGCGCAGAAGGUGAGUAGAGACGUGGUAGAGACUCUACUGGCCUACACUCAGCCUGUGGCCGCGGACCCGAGCUCUGAGACAGAGGCUCUCAACAAGAGUCUGUGGACACUCAUGGUGACAGAGGUGUUGAAGUUUACUGUAGCAACUCCACACAACUUCUUGCCUGGACUGUCCCUGCUGUCUGAGCUGCUGCCUCUACCUCUACAGGUUCAAACGAGGUCGCCUCUGCCUGAUGAGGAGAUCAAAAGAGUGGUGAACUGUCGCAAGCUGUGGUCAGCUCAUCUUCACUGCCUCGGCAGUCUGAUACACGAGACUAUCACCACGAUGUGCUGCUCCAGCUACAGCCCCCUGCUGCAGCUGCUGAGGAGUGUGUGCUCCCAACUGGCUGAUCUGGCGGCACCUACGGCCCUCACGGUGACUCGAGCGGUGUUGGAUUCUAUCGUGAAGGCUGUGACACCGCCGGAGCGUCCGGUGACUAGUCACAUGAUGCGACUGUUGACGUUCCUCGCCUGUAUGACAACACACGCCAGUGUCAAAGCGGCGCUCCUCAACCUGAUCGUCCGACAACCGUCGUCUGACAAGGCUCACCAGCGCUACCCAGAUCUAGUCGUCAGUCUGUGUCAUAUACUCAGGGCACCUCACGACUGUCCUACACAUGUCCAGGCUCAGGAAUGUAUUGUGUCCGUGGUGCAGUCGCUGUGCCACUGUGAGCUGACCCUGGUGCCGCCGCCGGGGGUUGUGCUAGUCGGAGCGACCACCCCCCACCCUGACACAUACCUCGCCAACACACUGCCUCCGCGCGACCUGCUCGGCACACUGCUGCUGGUCAUGUUGGAACACGUCGGAGACGCCAGGAACAACCUCACUACACUGCAGCCGUCUCUACGCACCUUCCUCAUGCUGACGGAACACGACUACGGGUUCUUCCACUUGAAAAACUGCCUGGAGAAGAAGCCAGAAGCACUGAUGAACUUGGUGGCUAAGAUAGUAAGUGUGUGGAACACUGAACGUACAGAUUGUCUCAGUACACUCAGCACUCUAUUGGAGCUUCUAAGAGGCUGUAUUACUCCUGACGCACCCGAUGAGGUGUUAGGACUGCCUGCCCGAGCAAUCACCUUGUCUCCGCCAGAGCUUGCCAACAUUCUCGGAUGGGAAAAAAACUCUGAGGAAAAGAAGCAUCCUCUCUACACUGUUGAUACUUUACUUCAGGAAAGCCGAUCUGAAGAUGAAACCUUGGAAUCCCUCUGUGAAAAUGUUACGGAGUUGAUUCGGUUGUUGGAAGAAGAAGGAUCAAAACCUCUUGAGACAAAAGAAGUGCCAGAACCGAUGUUGCCGUCGCCAGACACAUUGUUGGCUCAGUUCUCGGCUCGGCCUGUGUUUGUGGUGGGGGAAGUAGAAGACGACAGACUCGCCGCAGGCUACUGGCUCUCCGUACCUCCACCGGACGAUCAGGAUAGCGAGAUGCAACAGGUUGCAGCAGACCUGUUGGAAGUGGUAGCCAAGGAUGUUCCUGACUUCCCGUUGGCGGAGAAAGUUGCGACUUUGUGUAGACACAAGGCAGUGGGGGACUUGGACACCUCUACUUCACCCAACACGCACACAAACACCACAGCAGACAACUCUAGUCGACGACCCUUCGUCGCACCCAUGCGAGGCCGAGGGUUCCGAGGGUCCGUGCAGCGAGGAGACAUGUUCAGGUCUCGUCCGCCCAACACGUCUCGUCCCCCCUCCCUCCAUGUGGAUGACUUUGUGGCUCUGGAGACCUGUGGCGCUCAGCCUACUGGUCCGACAGGUUACAACAAGAUAUCUAUGAGGGCCGCACAGGAUAUAAUUGCCUCGAGAGUUCGUGGAAGACCUCGGCCAUUUGGUGUUGACCGUGGAGGAAGGUUUUUCCCUACACCGUAUCCUGGCAGAAGAGAAAGUGAUGGAAGAGAAAGCCUAUCCCCGCACUGGCACGCUGAAGCUGCAGGCAGCUCGGGCCCCAGUGGGGGGAGUUUCAGGGCUUUGCCCCCUGACAUGAGGUCCGGCCACUUCUCCAACGGGCGAGCUCCACUACGGGCCCCUCCCCCGCCCAGCCACUCUUGGCCGACCAAGGACAGCAGGGAGCGGUUCUCAUCCCCCAACAUGAGAGCGGGGCCUCCCCAUCGCAGCGAGCAGAAUAGACACAUGGGACGCUUCUUUUCUAGAUAAUUGUGCUUUGAUGUUGGUUUGAAACUUAAAAACAUAUUGAGAAUUGAUUGUUUAAAAUUAGUGCGAGUGGAAUGAUUGGGAGAUAACUCUUUUGUUAUGUUCAAAAUUUUAACAAGUGGAAAAAUCAGUAGAAUUUGUGGUAGGUAUAAGCUAUAAAGGUUAGUUUUUUUUACACGAAAGGGCACAUGGCUAAGUAAUACAUUUACUAAGAAGAGUCAACUUGGAACUUUUAAUAUAGUAACUCUAUUUCACAAUCAUGAAUAAUGAUUGAUUUAAGAACCACGUUAACUAACUGUGUAAUGUAUUGACAUUUUUAUAAGUUGAUUUUACACUUCUACAUUUACCAAUGUGUUUAUGUAUCCUAAAACCCAUUGUCGUGUCAAUUCGAACGUUUUCAAAUGUUUCACAGAAUUGGAAGUUGUCCAUAUUUUUAUUGUAAACUGUCUUAUACUUUUAUUUGUUGACUUUCCAAAAGUUGAUAUCUAAAUGGCAUUAGAUGUUAUGCAUGAAAACCAGUCCAAUGUUUUUUAAGGUUAGGUAUUCUUUAUGCACAAGGUGUGGCUAUAAAAUAACGAUACUGGUUUUCUAAGAAUGAGCCUCAAGGCCAAUUUUCAUAUUGCCUCUUUCCGACCGGUUACGCUACGACACUAGGUUGCUUAGUUCAGCCCAAGUCUUCAUUUGUGUAUAUGAUUCUCAUCAGAAAAAUAUGGAACAACAUUGCCGUGGAAAUUUGUUGUAGAGCUCAGUUAGUCCACAACAGAGACUUGGUGCUCAAAAUCAUCAUGCCUGAACAAAAGUACUCACGGAUGGAAAUUUCUUCUAACACCUUGGAAAGCAGUAAACAUCAAGAAAGAUCCUAAACUGUUAGGGUAUUUUUUUCAAGUGUUUUAAUAGUGAUUCACAAAAAAAUUUACAUGUUGCUCAGUUAUAUUGCCAACUAUUUUCUGACGAGAAGCAAGUACACAACCCAAAUACAAGCGAAGGCUGUAGUCGAACUAAGCAGCCUGGAAUCCUCAAACAAUGAAUAAUAAAUUUAUUUCCUCAAAAACAAACAAUCAUCAAAUCAUAAGACAAUUCGGAAAUUAACUGACCACUUUGUCCAUUUGUGGUCAGUGCACAAAACUUAUCUUAUCUAUGAUACAUUAAAUAAAGAGUUCAGUCUUAUCAUGCCAGUUACUAAACACGCUGUAAUGUGGAGGGGGAUGUCAGGCAACUUGGCAAUAUGGCGUUUUGCCUUAAUGCUCAUGCAGUUUUUCUUUUAAAAAUGCCUCUUAUUUUAUAGCCACACCUAGGAUAAAUACAAAACUAGUACAAGUUGAAACGAAUAGUUGUAUGAUACUUGUAAGCUUGUGCAGUGAAUCUAGAAUAUAAGUGGUUACUUUAACAUGUAUACUAACUGAAGGAGAUUGUAAAUUUUUUUUAAUCGCCACCACAAACAAAUUGAGGUGUAAAGUGAAUUUAGCAUUUAAAGUUACUUUGUAUUACAUAUUUUAACUGUACAUUUUGUGUAUAUUUUAAUAGAAUAGUUUAGUUUCUUUUCUAUGUACUCAUAAAGAUGGAAUAAAAUUGCUUUACCUUAAAUUAAA